AUGUCAGCAAAUUUAAUUACACAAGUAAUUCAUCCUGUUGUGCAGCAUAUACAAGUAGCUACAAUUAUUCAAAAUGCAGUUGAUGUAAUGAAUAAGCAUUAUUUAUCAAAAGCAGAAAAAUUCUUUAAUCUUGCCAAAAUGAAGGCUUAUAUGCUAAAACUAAUUGAAGAUAAAUUAAAAGCAGAAGAACUCGCUAGCGCAAAGCCAAAAAUUGUAGAAGUUACUGAUAGCGAAACGUCACCAGUCAGCAUUAAAGAAAAUGAUAUCAAGUCUGUACUUGAUAGCAUACAAAAUGUAAGAAAUAGAUUAAAAAGCAAAAAGAAAGAAACUGAGCCUGUGGAUUUGAGAAGAAAAUAUAGUAUUGAUAAUGUAAAACCAAUUGUUCACAGUAAAACAAGCAGUACUACAGUAAAAACCGCCAUGAAUUUUGCAGAAGGAAAUGAGGGAAAAAUAAUAGAAGAAGCAAAAGAAAAUAAGAAAAGGAGAUUUACUGUUGAAAAUGAAAAAAUAGGGGAAAAGAAAAGAGAUGGCCUUAAUUUUGAAAAAGAUUGGUUUUUAAAGAAAUCGAAAUGUGCUGAAAAACUUUUUUCAAAAAAUUACUCUGAGGGAAGAGUGGUGUCAGAAGAUCUCUCAAACCCAGGAAAAUCAGAAGAUUCUCCUACUGAUGUUUUGGCGAAUGAAAAAAAUGUGGUUAAUUAUCAGCUAGGUGAUAGAGAUGAGAUUAUUCCUUCUGAAGCACAAAAAGUCUUAAUUUAUGAUGAAUUUCCAAGUUUUUCUGAAAAAUACCCUUAUGAUGAUAAGCUAAAUAAAAUUGAAAAAGAAAGCCAAGAAAAAGAAAUAGAAAAUAAAGAUAGAAAAGAGCCUAAGAUGUUUGAUAUGAAAAACAUAAAAGAAAGUUUAAUAAAUGCCAAUGAAAAGCCAAGCAUUAAUAAAUUGCCAGAGAGCUUCCAAAACAAAAUUGAAAAUGAAAAAGACUUUAUAAUUGGUAGGCCAAGCCAAAAUAAAAGUACUAAAGCAAGCUAUUUUCCUCAAAAAUUUCCACCAUCAUUAUAUGCUAAAAAUGCAGAAGGGGAAGAAAUUCCGAAGCCUACAGAGCCAAAAUCUAAUGAUUUACAAUCUGUAAAGCCUAAAUCUAGAGUUUCAAGCGAUUUUGAAGAGUUAAAGGAACAAAAUAAAGUAAAACUAAAUGAAAAAUCUGAGCUUUCUGAAGAAAUUAAUGAAGAUCCUAAAAAUAGGCAAGCGGAUUAUAGACCCGAAAGACAAAAAUAUUUUGAUCCAAAGACAAAAGAUGAGCAAGAUAUUAUCAGCAAAUAUUUAAACAAAAGAAUAAAAAAAAGUAAUGAGGAUGAUCCUAUUGAAGAAAAUAUAAUUGAAGGGAUUGAUUUAAAGAAAGAAAAGCCAGUAGUGUCUGUAAAAUACCAGCAAGAAGCAUUAAACAAAAAAAUAAAAAUUGAGCCUGAAGAAAACUUUGAAGAUAGACCGAAAAUAUCCAAAUUGAGGACAAAUCUAGAAAAAGGACAAGCAAAAACCAAUUUGACGAGCAAUGAAGAUGAAAUUGGAAAGCAAACUUUGAAAUUUACCUUAGAGCCAAUAAAAUCUGCGGAGGUUGAAAUUGGAAAGCAGACGUCAAAAACUGAUGCAAUGCCAGCGAAAUUGACAGAUAGAAUAUCAUACCGCCUACCUGAUAAAAAUAAAUCAGAAUUUGAAAUAAAAAGAGACGAUCCUUUGUUGAUACCCCGUGGGCCAAAAUCAUCUAGCAUAAGUGAAGUAAAGGAAGAAGACAUCAGGAAAGAUUCUCCUGUUAUUCCACAGGAGCAAUCAAGCAGUCAAAAUUUACGAUCUCAUUCUUCAAAAUCAAACAUUGAAAUUAAAGAGGAUUCGAACAAAUUUAAUAAUCAAGCAAUAAAAAGUAAAGUAGAUGAAAGUGAAUCCAAUAUAAGAAAGGCCGCUCCUUUUUCAGGUAUAUCUGACAGUAAAAAUAAGGAUACUGAGAAAAUUGAGAUGGAGCCUUAUAAAUUGAGAGAUUAGAUUAGCUUAAAUUAUAGCAGGUCAAUAGGAAUUUAUUCUAUUCCUCUCCUUCCAACCACCGGCUUAAAGAUCAAGUAGCUAACCCAACCAUACUCUCCGACUCUCUUAGACCUGUUAGUGCUUAGGGCACGAAUGAAAAGCCCUGCCUCCAUCUUGACGAUCUUGCGUCGAUCGGGUAUCAAAUUACUACUCAGAAGUUCUAGUCGACUUUGCACCUUUGGUUUGAUCAUCUGUGGGACAAGUAAAAAGCCUGUCCGGUGGCCUGACCAGGCAAAAAUCUACCCUGGACCUUCCAAAAGAAUUACCUGAGACUCCAGUCACCCAGGCCUUAACUCUUCUCACCAUCUUUAAAAAGUAUAAAUUGAAAGAAUCUUCGAUCAAACCGGCUUGGAUUGAAUCAGAUAGAGAGAAAUUUAAUCCAAAUAAAAAAGAAGUCGAAGAAAAAAAUAAGCUGCCUAUUCGACAAAAAAAUACUUUUGGGUUAGAAAGUUACAGGGAAGAGGAGAUAUACAAAUCCACCCCAAUUAGUCAAAAACAGAUGUUAAAUACACAGGCUGAAGAAUCAAGGAUAAAUAAAGAUAUGCCAAAAGAAAUAUUUUCUCAAAACAAUUUACUUGAAGAAUAUGUACCUGGCGCAAAUUUGACAAAAGAAAUAAUAGGCUCCUCAAAUGAAUUAGAUGCAGAAAGCAGACAUUUCUUGGGAGAUCCUAAAAAUCAAGCAAUUGAAGAAGAAAUUCAAGAGCCAGAGUCUACUUAUUCAGGAAAGCCUCUGAUUAAAAAACAGCUAAAAGCUCAAAGAACAUCAAAACAAUCUUCACAGUUAAAUGAUCAAAUUCAAGAAGAAGCAAAAUUAUUACCAAAAAAAGAAGAGUCAUUCAAAGGUGACAGUGAGCCUGCUCUUACUAACUGCCCCCUUUAAAUUGGAGCAAAGUAUAGGUAAAAUUAAUUGAAUUAUUGAAUGCUUUUUGAAAAUUAAAAAAAAAAUUUACAAUAGGUAAAUUUUAUUGGUAAAAAUACCUAAUUUUAUAUAAAAUUAGCUUGGACCUAGUUAUAGAAAAAAUAAAUUAUAUAGCCCAGGAGCGAUUUUUGAUCACCCUGGGCUAGGAUAAGGCUCAGAAACUCCCCGAGUUAGUUUUUCAACUCGAGCUGACAAACCAACUCGGGGAGUUGGCAAAUACCUUAUAUAAGAGGCAUUUAUCAACUCCCCUAGUUGGUUUGUCAACUUGAGUUGAAAAAUCAACUCGGGGGGAGUUUCUGACCCUUAUCAUAGCCCAGGACGAUCAAAAAUCGCUCCUGGGCUAUAUAAGAUUUUAAAACAAAAAUUAACCCCUUUUAAUUGGAGCAGGAUUUUUUUUUCCGAUUUAAAGGGAGAGUAAAGAAGAUAAAAUCAAAAUUCAAGAAAAAUCAUUAGAGAAAGCCUCUGAAAUACCAAGCAAAACCGCUUUAAAUCCAUCCAAAGGCAAAUCUCUAGGAAAAGAAGCAUUGUUUUAUCCUUUAAAACCAAGCAGCUCAAAUAUCACAACUGUAAAAGACAAAAGAGGAGAAGAAGAGCCAGACCAAAUCAUAUUGAAACGUUCAGAGAGCAAAAAAUUGUCUAAUUCUUCAAAGUCAAGUGGCUCCUAUAAAACUAAUGAUUAGAUCAGAUUAGAUCAAGAUUAUAGGAAGUAGUGGAGGAUUAUUUCAGCUUCUAUCUGUCCUGGUCAAGGUUGCCCUAAGGCAUCGGCGGCCACAUAACGCCAUUUUCCUGUUGUAGUCAUCUGUCUCUCAGGGACUCACCUGACCUAGUUUGGGUCUUACCUCACGGCCAUGGACUCUUUAAACCUGUGUUAGUGUUCAGGAUAUAUUUUACCGCCUAAAGCCUCCUUCGAGGACUACACACACCUUAUAUAGGCAAAUAUUGCCUCUUUAGAAGCAUGAGCUGGCACUGAAUCUUUGAUUUCUCAUCUCUGGGCCGAGGAAAAAAUCCACCAUAGAGUCUUGAUCAAGUAAAAACCUACCAGACUUCCUAAAAUAAUGGGAUUCGCUUACCUGGGGCUGGGAUCAACUUGCCGAUCGCCCUAGACCAAUAAUCAGCACACCAUCUUUUAAAAAGUGCAAAACCAAUGAAGAUCUAAGUAAUGUACGAGAGAAGUUGAAUAGAGAAAAAAUAAAUGAAAAGAUGACUGAUGAGAGAAAAGAAUCCCCUAUCUUUCAAAAAGAUAAUUUUGAGUAUCAAAGUUAUAGUGAUGAGCUGCUACAGGCAGCUCAAAAAGAAGCACAAAAUAAAAAUAGUGAGAGGCUAAAUCAAUAUGAGGAUAACCCAAAAAUGAAAUUUACUCCAAAAAAUAUUCUUCAGCAAAAUAUUGAUCCAGCCUAUACGAAUGCGCUAACAGAAACUCCUGGUUAUUUUAUUUAUGAAAAUUUAGAAACGCCUGAAAAGCAAACAUUAGAAGAAAUUAAAGAACCAGAACUUAUUCAUUCUGAAAAAAAUAUAACUCAAAAAAAUAUUCUUCAGCAAAAUAUUGAUUCAGCCUAUAAGAAUACGCCAACAGAAACUCCUGAUUAUUUUAUUUAUGAAAAUUUAGAAGCGCCUGAAAAGCGAACAUUAGAAGAAAUUAAAGAACCAGAACUUAUUCAUUCUAAAAAAAAUAUAAUUGAAACGCAAGUAAAAAUUCAAAGCGCUUCACAGCAGCCCUCGCAGUUAAUUGAUCAAGAUCAAAAAGAUGCAGAUUUAAUAAACCUUGAUAGCGAUACAUUUUUGCCAACGGACAAAAUCUUGAAAUCUUAUGGUGCAGAAAAGCAAAAAGACUUUUUUGAGAAAACAAAAGUAGAUCCUUAUAGAAUAUAUGAAAAAGCAGAACUAUUAAAAGAUGAUAAUAAAUCUGCUUUUUUUAAAGAAGAUAAAUUUAAUGCUCAAGAAGUUUCAUUGGAAAAUAGUCUUGAAACUAAAGAAAAAACUGCUGCAAAUUCAUUACUAGGUAAGUCUAUUGAAGGAGAAAUGACUAUUUAUUCUUCGAAAUUAAGUAACCCAAGCAGAAUAAAUGAAAAAGAGAGGAAAGAAGAAGAAAAAUCGCAUCAGUUUGUAUCAGAACAAUCAGAGAGUCCAAAUUUAUCAUUUCAUUCUCACAUAUCUAGUGAUUCAAUUAAUGCUCCUCAGAGAUUGAAAGAAAAUAAACUUGAGGAAAUAAGCACAGCAAAAUCUAUAUAUCAGAAUACCGAAAGAAAAAUAGAUUCAAAAGAAAAUAAUGUAUACACAAAUCCCACAAACGUUUUUUCAGAAAUACGAGAUAUACAAGAUAAAACAGUUGCUGAAAUUGGUAUUGAGCCAAAUAAUUUGAGUGAAGAUCCAUUAGUGCAAGGAGAAACAAUCAAGCAUAAAUUAAAUGAAAAAAUAACUGAUGAAAUAUAUGAAUCACCUGCAUUUAAACAAAAUGUGUCAGCGAGAUUUAGCUAUGAAGAAGAUCAGGUAGAAAAAUCGAUUCCUACAAUUAAAAAUAAAGUUCAGAAUAUAAAAGAUGAAGAGCUGAGCCAAAUUAAAGAUACCUCGAAGCAAGGAAUUUAUGAUAAUGCAUUAAUCCAACAAAAUGCUGAGCUUUAUGAUACAACUUAUAAGAAUUUACAAACAGAAAAUAAAAGCGCUGCAGUUGAAGAAAAUAAAUCCUCAGUUGAAGUAUUGCAAGAGCAAACUUUUGAAGAAGAAAUUAAGGACGCAGGAUCUGCUGAACUUGGAAAAGUUAUUACUAAAAAGCACCAAAAACCCCAAAGAACUGCAAAGCAAUCCUCACAGUUAAUAAGCCAAGAAGCAAAAGGCGCAUAUUCUAAGCAAGAAAAAACAGGAAAAGCUAAAGAUAAAGAUGAAUUUUCUUUUAUUGAAGAAGAGAAAAGUAGAAUCCAAGAUUUUGCUUUAAUAGAUUCUGCUGAAUUAUCAGAGAAAAGCGCUGUAGACUCAUUAAAAGGCAAAUCUCUAGAAACGGAGAAAUUAUUUGAUCCUUUGAAAUUGACUAGUUUAAGUGAAGAAAAUAAAAAAGGAAAAGAAGAUGAACCUAUUCAUCAAUUAGAUAGCAAAAUUUCAUCACAUAGUCCUUCAAAAUCCUACAGGCAAACUAAAGCUCUUGAAACAUUAGAAGAAAAGAAAAUUGAGGAAAAUUUUGCUGAAAUUUUUGACAAUAAAAAUAAAAAAACUACUAAAAUUGAUACAGAUUCUAUCAAAAUGAGAGAAGAUUCAAUACAGUCUCUUUUAGUAGAGCCAUCUAAUGACCAACUAAAUAAGGUUAUAGAAAGUCCAAUUUAUCAGAAAAACAUUUUGGAAUUAGAGAAAGAAGUAGAUGAGUCUAUUUUGAAAAGUAAAAAACAAAUAAAAGACAUGAAAACUGAAGAGCUAAGGGAGAAUAAAGAUUCGCCAAUAGAUAUUUUUUCUCAAGGCAAUGCAUUUCAGCAAAAACCAGAACUAGUCAAGCCUGAGGAAAGUUUAAAAUCAGACACAAUAAAUUUAUUGAGCUCAGGCAGUCUAGAUUAUUCAAAGGAGCCCCAGAAGCAAAGAAUUGAAGAAGAAAAUAAGGAUUCAGAAUCUACUCUAUCUAAAGGAUCUGUUGCUAAAAACCAACAAGAAACUCAAAGAAGCGAAGAGAAAUCUCUACAGUUUGCAAGCCAAGAGCCGAAAGGUAGAGACUCUAUUUACUUAUCUCAAGAUAAAAGACAAAUACUCAAAGAUAAAGGUGAAUCUCGAGUUUAUAAAGAAGAUUAUGUUGCUUCAUUGCUUAUAAAUCAACCAAAAAACAAAUCUAUAGAAAAAGAGAAAUCUGUGGAUCCUUUAAACAGCAGCAGUUCGAGUGAAAAAAGUGAGAAAGGCGAAGAAGAAGCUCCUCAUAUAAUGAAAAAACACUCAGACAGCGAAAGCUCAAGCUUGGAUCUGGCAAAUUCUAGUGAACAAUUUGAAGAUGCUGAAAUAUCAGAAGAAGAAAAAGUUGAGAAUAUAAUAACAAAAACUGAUGAUUCAGAAAAACAAAGAAUAGCUAGCUUCUUUAUUAUUAUUAUUAUUUAUUAUUAUUAUUAUUAUUAUUAUUAUUAUUAUUAUUAUUAUUAUUAUUAUUAUUAUUAUUAUUAUUAUUAUUAUUAUUAUUAUUAUUAUUAUUAUUAUUAUUAUUAUUAUUAUUAUUAUUAUUAUUAUUAUUAUUAUUAUUAUUAUUAUUAUUAUUAUUAUUAUUAUUAUUAUUAUUAUUAUUAUUAUUAUUAUUAUUAUUAUUAUUAUUAUUAUUAUUAUUAUAUUAUUAUUAUUAUUAUUAUUAUUAUUAUUAUUAUUAUUAUUAUUAUUAUUAUUAUUAUUAUUAUUAUUAUUAUUAUUAUUAUUAUUAUUAUUAUUAUUAUUAUUAUUAUUAUUAUUAUUAUUAUUAUUAUUAUUAUUAUUAUUAUUAUUAUUAUUAUUAUUAUUAUUAUUAUUAUUAUUAUUAUUAUUAUUAUUAUUAUUAUUAUUAUUAUUAUUAUUAUUAUUAUUAUUAUUAUUAUUAUUAUUAUUAUUAUUAUUAUUAUUAUUAUUAUUAUUAUAUUAUUAUUAUUAUUAUUAUUAUUAUUAUUUAUAUAUUAUUAUUAUUAUUAUUAUUAUUAUUAUUAUUAUUAUUAUUAUUAUUAUUAUUAUUAUUAUUAUUAUUAUUAUUAUUAUUAUUAUUAUUAUUAUUAUUAUUAUUAUUAUUAUUAUUAUUAUUAUUAUUAUUAUUAUUAUUAUUAUUAUUAUUAUUAUUAUUAUUAUUAUUAUUAUUAUUAUUAUUAUUAUUAUUAUUAUUAUUAUUAUUAUUAUUAUUAUUAUUAUUAUUAUUAUUAUUAUUAUUAUUAUUAUUAUUAUUAUUUAUUAUUAUUAUUAUUAUUAUUAUUAUUAUUAUUAUUUAUUAUUAUUAUUAUUAUUAUUAUUAUUAUUAUUAUUAUUAUUAUUAUUAUUAUUAUUAUUAUUAUUAUUAUUAUUAUUAUUAUUAUUAUUAUUAUUAUUAUUAUUAUUAUUAUUAUUAUUAUUAUUAUUAUUAUUAUUAUUAUUAUUAUUAUUAUUAUUAUUAUUAUUAUUAUUAUUAUUAUUAUUAUUAUUAUUAUUAUUAUUAUUAUUAUUAUUAUUAUUAUUAUUAUUAUUAUUAUUAUUAUUAUUAUUAUUAUUAUUAUUAUUAUUAUUAUUAUUAUUAUUAUUAUUAUUAUUAUUAUUAUUAUUAUUAUUAUUAUUAUUAUUAUUAUUAUUAUUAUUAUUAUUAUUAUUAUUAUUAUAAAUUAUAUAAAGAUUAGGGCUUUUUAUGAUUUUUUUUUAAAUAUUUAUGAAAAUCAAAUUUAAUUGGUAUAAUUUUGAUAAAAUAGAUGGCAUAUUCCAAAUGUCUAUAGAUAUUAAAUACCACGUUAUAGAAUAAUUAGCAACAAUAAUUUGUGUAUUAAUUGAAGAGAGUAAGGAAAAUGAUAUAACCAUAAGGACUGCAAACCCAUUUUCAGAAAGAUUUGCUGAUAAAGAUAAGAAUACUGAUAAAGCUGAUAAAAAGUCAAAUGAAUUGAGAGAGAGUAAAAUGAAACCUUUAUUAAAGGAAAUAUAUAGUGAUAAGUUUCAGCUAAAUGAAAGGGAAACUUAUGAAGAAUCAGAAAAGCUUGCUCUUCAAGAAUAUAUUUCGAAUUUUAGAGAAGAGCAAAAAGAUCAAUCUAUUUCAAAAAAUCAAAAUUCAGCAGGAUAUCAGCCGAAUAAAAAUUUGCCAAUAGAAACAUUUUAUCAGAGCAAAGUAUUUCAGCAAAAUACUGAAAUAAGCAAGUCUGAUGAGAGUUUACCAGCGGAAGCAAUAACUUCAUUGAGCUCCAAAGAGCUGCACUCUUCAGAGAUAACUAGAAAACAAGAAAUUGAAGAAAAUAAUAAAUCAGAACCUAUUGAACCUGUAAAUGUUUUUAUUGAAAAAGCGAAAGAGCCUCAAAUAAGUGGAAAUCAAUCCCCUCAAUUCACAAGCAAAGAAUCAAAAGAGACAGAUUAUGGUUCUCAUUUCCAAGAAAGUGAAAAGUCAAAGCCUGCUCAUUCUAUUAGUGAUAUUAUUGCAACAGAGAAAGAGCAAAAAAGUAAAGAGGAAUUACUGCAAUAUCUAAACACAGAGAAAAAAGACACAGGCUCUAUUUACUUUUCCCAAUAUAAAGAUUCACAAGAUAAAGGAGAAAUAUUCAAAGUUGAAAGCGAAUAUCCAGUGUUUCAAGAAGAUAAAGCACAGAUUGAAGAUGUUGCCCCUGAAAAAGUUUUUGAAUUAUCUGGCUUAAACUUAGCCUAUUAUAUGUUGGCGGCUUGCUUAUAGGUAAAGCAGUUACCAAGGAUCCCCGCAGGGGAUUUCCACUUUGUGUUAUCGCUAGGGAGAAGCUGAUUGAAUUGGGAUGGUGAAUUCGCCUGGCAAGUUAGCCCGAGCACCACUUUUCUUCUCCUUCAGUGCAUGAUGCUAUGAUGCUUCUGAAGUAGAGUUUUGUGACGAUGUUUCUCCCUGAUUUUUUGGCUUCAGUUUUUAGUAGGCUAUGCAAUUCUGUUGCAUGCUGUUUGGUUGAACAAAGGUUGUUUACCCAAAAAUAAAAACAAAUGAAAUUUCUAAUCGACUCUUGGAAAAAUAAGACAAAUUUAAAUCAUCUGAGAGGCAAUGUCUUUGCCAUAAUGGAAUAUUUAUUUAUAAUUUGAAUUAUCAGACAAAAGUAUUAUAAAUAAGCCAAAAAGCAAAUUUAUAGGGAGAGAGAGAUCUGUAGAUCCUUUAGACAGUAGCGGUUCGAGCGAAGUAGGUGAGAAAGAUGAAGAAAAAACUCCUCAGGCGAUGCAAAAGUAUUCGGACAGCGAUAGCUCAAGCUUGGAUCAAGCAAAUUCUUGUGAUCAAAUUGAAGAUGCUGAAAUAUCAGAAGAAGAAAAGCUUGAGGAUAUAAUUACAAAAACUGAUCAUUCAAAAAUACAAAGAUUAGCUAACUCCUUUCUAUUUAAAAAUAAAACUUUUAAAGCUUUUAAUUUUCUAAGAGAUAGCUGUAAAAUUUUUAGAUUUGCUUCAGCAAAAUUUACAGAUUAGUUUGUAAUUAAAGCUUUUAAAUAUUUUUGAGUAUAAAUAAUUUCCCUUGAAAUAUUUAGAAACAUUAUUUAUAAUUAUAAACUUAGUUUUAAAGCUCAAAUUUUCUUGAAUUAACCUUCUCCCUAUCAACUCAAAUAAAUUUAUUUUUCUUUUCAUUUUUCUCUUUAUCCCAAAGAUUCCAAUUUUUCCUUCCUAAUUUUGUUCCCUUGAUCUUCAACCCCUCUUACCAACAUUAUUUGAUCGUAAUUUUUCCCUUCAGGCAUCUCUUGGAAAGACAUUAAUUUUUGAAUAGCAUCUAACAAAAAGUUUCGAAAAAAGAGCUGAAGAAAUAUCUGCUGUGGUAAUUUCAACUAAAGACGUGCUACGCUUUCAUUAUUAAUUAUAUUAAAUAAAAUUAAAAAUUUGAAUAUAAAAUACUAAGUCAAACUUCAUAAUUAUGGACAAUAUAAUAUUUAAAAAAUAACCCCUUAUUAAUUGUUGGAGUGAGAAAAAUAUUUCUACUAUAAGAACUGAAAAUCCAAUUUCAGAAAUAUUUGUUGAUAAAGAUAAGAAUGUUACACUAGCUGAUAUGAGGUCUGGCAAAUUGAUAGAGAAUCCAAUGAAACAUGAAUCAGCUGAGCCCGCGACUGAUCAAUUAAAGCUUAGUUAUAGUAUAUCUGAUGAGGAAAAAGAAAUAAGUGCUGCAGAAUUAGAAAGUGUUAAAGACAUUCAGAAAAGUCAACCCACUUCGGCAAAUCAAACUCAAAUAGAUGUACAGCACAAUCAAAAUGCGCCAAUAAUAACACCUUCUCAAAGCAACGAAUUUCAGACACUUUUUGAACCUGAUAAGAAUUCACCAACAGAAAUUAUAAAAUCGUUGACCUCACAAAAUUUGCCAGGGGAAGCUAUAAACUUAUUAGGUUUUGAUAAUUUAUUCGCUUCAAAAGGGUCUCAGGAGCAAACAAUUGCAGAAGAAAUUAAGGAUUCAGAGUCUGCACAAUCUAAAAUACCGAUUGCUAAAAGCCAGCAAGCAACUCAAAGAGGUGAAAAGCAAUACCCACGAUUUAUAGGCAAAGAACCUACCUUAGCCUGGCCAAGCGGCACCUCUAAAGGCACAGAGCCAACAGAUACAGAGUCUAUUUUCUUUUCUCAAUAUAAAGAUUCACUAGAUAAAGGAGAAGUUUUCAAAGAUGAAGGUGAAUCUCCAGUUUUUCAAGAAAAUAAAACCCAGAUUGAAGAUGUUAUCCCUCAAAAAGUCCUUGAAUUGCUAGAAAAAGGUACUAUAAAUCAACCAAAAAGCAAAUACAUGGAAAGAGAAAAUUCUGAUCCUUCAAGCCAUAAUAGUUCAAGCGAAUUAAGUGAGAAAGAUGAAGAAGAAGCUAAGUUGAUGUUAAAGCAUCAGGACAACGAAAGCUCAAAUUUUACCCAAAGAAAUUCUGGUGACAAAUUUGAAGCUUAUGAAAUCUUAGAUGAAAAAGAACUUAACUGCCCCAUCCUUGAUCGAACUAUUUUCAUGUGUUUCAAAAUUAAUUCACCCCCAAAAUAUGACUACCUAUUUUUUGAUAAUAGUGAAUCUUAGAGAUGAUGCAGUAUAAUCGCCCAUAAAUACUUCCAAUGCGAUCCCAACAUGGUAAUUUUUUCUCCAGACAUUUUUUUAACUCCUAUGAUCGAUAAAACAAUAGGAUCAGUUCGAUCAAGGGGGAUUAAGGGAAAAAAUGACAGAAAAAUCAGAAGAUCCAAGCACAAAACUAACACAAGCAGAAAAUCACUCAAAUAUAAAAACUGCAAAUGAACCUUCUCCAACAAUUUUUGAUAAAGACAAUGCUACCAUGACAAAUAUGAAUUUUAAUAAAAUUAGAGAAGAGCCAGCAUCAAUAGAAUCAUCCAGCAAUGAAUUAAAAAUUAAUGAAAAAAUAAUUGGCGAAGAAAUAGAAGAAAAUAUUUCAGAUUUAGAAAAUUAUGAAAAUAAACAAAAAAGCCAAUUACUUUCAACGAAUAUAAUCCAAGUGGAAUUAAAGCAGCAUAAAGAUGUGUCAUUAGAAGAAUUUUCUCCAAAAAAUGAAUCUCAGCAAAAUAUUGAUGUACUCAAACCUGAGGAAGAUUUUACAGCAAAAACAAAAAUUUCCUUGAGUUCAGACAGUCUAAAAAACCCAGAAGAAUCUCAAGAGCAAGUAAUAAUAGAAGAAAUAAAAGAGCCAAAACCUGCUCAUAGCGAGAAAGCAAUUAUUAAAAAACAGAAGAAACCUCAAAGGAGCGAAAAGAAGUCUUCACAAUAUAUAAGUCAAGAGCGAAAAGACGCAGAUUUUAAUUCCUCUUAUCAAGAUAAAAGUUUACAAGAAGCAGCAGAAAAAUUAAAUGAUGAAAAUAAAUCCACUGCAUUUGAAGAAGAUAAAAUCAAGACCCAAGAUGCUACGUUAGAAAAUAUUUCUUCAAUAUCAAGCCCAAGUGCAUUAAAUCUAUCAAAAAGCGAGCCCUUUGAAAAAGAAGCACUUGCUUAUUCAUCAAAAUUAGCCAGCUCAAGCAAAGUAAGUGAAAAAGAUAAAGAAGAACCUCUCGAGAUUAUACAGAAGAAAUCUGAUAUUGAAAACUUAUAUUUGGAUCCCAAAAAUCCAAGCGGCCAAUUUGAAAUUGCUGAAGCGUCAGAAGAAGAAAAGUUAUAUAAUUCAGUAUCUAAGAAAUCAGCUGACCUACAAAUAAUAAGUAUAACGGAGAAAAAGGAUUCUAAUAUAAGAACUGCAAGUCCUUUAUCAGAUACUUUUAGCAAUAAAACUAAGAAUGAUGAAAAGGCUAAUGUGGAACUUUUUAAAUUGGGAGAAGAACCAAUAAAGCCUUAUUCAGGAGAAUUGUCUGGUGAUGAAAUAAAGAUAAAUGAAAAAAUAACAGAUGAGGUAAUAGAAAAUAUUGCCAUUCCAGAAAAUAUUUUAGUGCCAGAUUGUGAUGAAGAAAAGAAAACAAUCAAAUCUCCAAUAAAAAGCCAAAAUCAAGCCAAAAUAAAGUCUUCAUCAAUAUUUUCGUCUAAUAUUAAAUUCGAGUCAAAUGAAGAAUUAGCUAAUAAAAGUGCAGAAAGUUUGACUUCACAAGAAAAUGCUUUAGGUUUAGAAUGCUGUAAAGAAGAGCAGCAUGGCAAAUCCCUCUUGGAAAGUCAUACUCAAAUAAAAUCUUCAUCAAUUGAACCAUCUAGUGGAGAAUUAAAGGAAAAUGAAAAAAUAACUGCUGAGAGAAUAGAAAACCCUGCCAGUCUAGAAAAUAUAACUGAAUCAGAAUACGAUAAAAAUGAGAAAGUAGACAAAACGAUCUCGACAGGAUCCCAAUCUAAAAUAAAAUCUUCAUUAACUGAACAAUAUAGCGAAGAAUUUAAACAAAAUGAAAACGCCAUUGUUGAGAGAGUAGAAAACCCUGCCAGUCUAGAAAAUAUAACUGAAUCAGAAUACGAUAAAAAUGAGAAAGUAGACAAAGCGAUCUCGACAGGAUCCCAAUCUAAAAUAAAAUCUUCAUUAACUGAACAAUAUAGCGAAGAAUUUAAACAAAAUAAAAACGCCAUUGUUGAAAGAAUAGAAAACCCUACCAGUCAAGAAAAUUUAUCUGGACCCGAAUGUUAUAAAGAUGAGGAAAUGGGCAAGUCUAUCUCGAUAAAAACUCAAGAAUCCCAACCUAAAAUAAAAUCUUUAUUAGCUGAACAAUCUAGCGAAGAAUUUAAGCAAAACGAAAAUAUCAUUGCUGAUAGAAUAGAAAAACCUUCCAGUCAAGAAAAUUUAUCUGGAUCCGAAUGCUAUAAAGAUGAGGAAAUGGGCAGGUCCAUCUCGAUAAAAGAUCAAGCUCAAAUAAUAUCAUCUUUUAUUGAACCAUCUAGCGAAGAAUUUGAACAAAAUCAAAAUAUCAUUGCUGAUAGAAUAGAAAAACCUUCAAGUCAAGAGAAUGUAUCGGGAUCAGAGAGGCGUAAAGAUGAAUCAAUCGGCAAGCCUAUCUUGACAAAAAUUCAAUCUCAAAUACAAUCUUCUUUAAUUGAACCAUCUAGCGAAGAAUUUAAGCAAAACGAAAAUAUAACUGAAGAAGAUAUAAAGCAUCAUGCCAGUCAAGAAAAUGUAUCGGAAUCAGAGAGGCGUAAAGAUGAAUCAAUCGGCAAGCCUAUCUUGACAAAAAUUCAAACUCAAUUAGAGUCUUCAUUAAUUGAACCAUCUAGCGAAGAAUUUAAGCAAAACGAAAAUAUAACUGAAGAAGAUAUAAAACAUCAUGCCAGUCAAGAAAAUGUAUCAAGACCAGAGAGGCGAAAAGAUGAACCAAUCAACGAACCUAUCUUGACAAAAAUUCAAACUCAAAUAAAAUCUUCAUUAAUUGAACCAUCUAGCAAAGAAUUUAAGCAAAACGAAAAUAUAACUGAAGAGAGCAUAAAACAUCACACCAAUCAAGAAUAUAUAUCAAGAUCAGAGAAGCAAAAAGAUGAAUCAAUCGACAAGCCUAUCUUGACAAAAAUUCAAACUCAAUUAGAGUCUUCAUUAAUUGAACCAUCUAGCAAAGAAUUUAAGCAAAACGAAAAUAUAUCUGAUGAGAGCAUAAAGCAUCAUACCAAUCAAGAAUAUAUAUCAGGAUCAGAGAAGCAAAAAGAUGAAUCAAUCGACAAGCCUAUCUUGAAAAAUAUUCAAACUCAAAUAAAAUCUUCAUUAAUUGAACGCAAAUAAAAUCGCUGACAAUCCAACACGUCCUUCUCUCAUUACCUCUUGGCGAAUUUGGUUCUCAGAGGAUAGGUUCGGAAUUUGUGUAUGGGGUGGGUUUUUUAUCCCUGUCGGAUCCCAGAUAGGGUUUUUACCUCGACUCAGAGACAAGGAGACCAGAGUCCAUAUGACAACCUCACACUUCUGGAAGCGAAGGGAAAGAGAGACCAGAAUGAGGGUUUGGAAACAUCCAGCCACCUUCCAUCUCCAAGUUGCCGGGCCCGGCCGAUAGAGGUUGUCCAAGGAAGUGCCUGAGUGCAUCUCCUCGUGAGCUGGCGACGUCGACAAAAAAAGGGCGUGAGUGAACCUGAUGCUUAGGACGCAGGCUUGAAGGCGGAGAGAGGUCGAAAUAAACUCCGAAGACACAUUCUAAUUAAUUAAUUAAUUAAUUAAUCAAUCAAUCAUUAUUGAACCAUCUAGAGAAGAAUGGAAGCAAAAUGAAAAUAUAACUAAUGAAGAUAUAAAGCAUCAUGCCAGUCAAGAAAAUAUAUCAGAAUCAGAGAGGCGAAAAGAUGAAUCAGUCGACAAACCUAUUCAAUCUCAAAUAAAAUCUUCAUUAAUUGAACCAUCUAGCGAAGAAUGUAAGCAAAACGAAAAUAUAACUGAUGAGGGUAUAAAAUAUCAUGCCAAUCAAGAAAAUAUAUCAGUACCAGAGAGGCGAAAAGAUGAACCAAUCUUCAAACCUAUUUUGGCAAAAACUCAAACUCAAAUAGAAUCUUCAUUAACUAAACCAUAUAUCAAAGAAUUAAAGCAAAAUGAAAACGCAGCUGAUGAGGAAAUCGAAAACUCACCUCUUCAAGAAAAUAUUUCAGAAAAUAAAGUUAUUGAGCCUGAGAAUAUGGAAAAAUCAAUAUUGAUACCAAUAGACUCAUCUAGUAUUAAAUUAGUAUCAAAUGAAAAAAUAGCUGAUCAAAGUUUUGAAAAUCUUCCCAUUCAAGAAAAAAUUUCUGUGUCAGAAUCCAGCGGAGAUGAGCAACAAAGUAAAUUCCCCUUGACAAGCUAUACUAAAAUAAAUUCUUCAUCAAUUGAAUCAUCUAGCGAAGAACUAAAACAAAAUGAAAGCAUAACUGCUGAGAGAAUAGAAAGCCCUGCCAGUCAAGAAAAUAUAUUGGAAUCAGAAAGGCAUAAAGAUGAGCGAAUUAGCAAACCUACCCCGACAAAAACUCAAGCUCAAAUAAAAUCUUCAUUAGUCGAGCCAUCUAGCGAAGAAUUUAAGGAAAAUGAAACCUUAACUGAUGAGGCAAUAGAAAAUCCUGAAAAUCAAAAAAAUAUAUCGGGUGAUGAGAAAAUGGGCCAGCUGAUCUUGACAAAAGCUCAAGCUCAAAUAGAAUCUUCGCUAAUUGAACCAUCUAGUGGAGAAUUAAAGCAAAAUGAAAGCAUAACUGAUAAGGAAAUCAAAAAACUAGUUAUUCAAGAAAAUAAUUCGGAAUUAGAAAUUAUUGGACUCAUGAACACAGACAAGCCAAUCUCGGCAACUCAAUAUAAAGCGCCAACAAAACUUUCAUCAGAGGAAUCAUCUAGUAGCAAAUUAAAAUUAAAUAAAAACAUCUAUAAUGAGGAAAUAAAGAAACCUAUCUUUAAAGAGCAGAUUUUAGAGCUAGAAAGCUAUGAAGAGGAGCAAAUAAGCAAAGCUUUAGAACCAAAAAUCAAUGCUGACAAGCAAAUAAGUGAAACCCCCGCUGACAGCCAAAAUCAAACUCCUAUAAAUUCUUUAUCAAUUGAAUCAUCAAGUGAGAUCUUGGAUCUAAAUAAAAGCAGAGCAGACGAUAAAACAGAAAUUUUAGCACUUCAAGAGUAUAUUUCUAGUCCAAGUAGUUAUAGAGACGAGCCAAUAAGUAAAACCAUCCCAACAAGUCAAUAUCAAAUUUCAAUAAAAUCCCCUCCAAAAGAAUUAUCCAGUGAUGUAUUAAAGAUGAAUGAAAAUACUAUUGAUGACAUAUCAGAAAUUUAUAAUUCUCAAGAAAAUAUUUUAUCAGAAAGAUACAUAAAUGAAACCACAGCAAAAAAUCAGUAUCAAACUUCAAUAAAUUCUUGGUCUCCGGAGUCAUCUAUUGAUAAACAAGACAAAACUGAUGAAAAAAUAGAGGACCUUAUCCAAGAAGAAUCAGAUAGCUAUGAAGAACCAAAAUCAGACCCAGAAGUGUCAGAAAUUUUUGCUGAUUCCCAAUAUAGAUUGCCACUAACUCCUCCCUUUAAAUUGGAACAAAAUGUCAAUGAAAUUUCCAUUUUUUGGGUACUUUAAUUCCCAUUGUUUUAGUAGGAAAAUUUUAUAGGUAAAAAUAUACUAGUUUUGACCAAAUUUAACGGAAAAAGUGCAAGUAAAAUAUUAUUUAAACAGCUUUCACACUGAAUCGAUUAAAUUUUUGAAUUAUUUCUCCAUAAAAUAAGAAAAUUGGGUUCAAUUGAUAUCUUUUUAAUUUUUUAAAAUUUAAAAAAAUUUUUUUAAAUACUUUUUUUUAAAAUAAUUAACCCUCUUUUAAAUUAGAACAGGAUUGUUGUUCGAAUUUAAAGGUGGGAGUAAGUGAAAUCAUUGAAGAGAGUAGCUACUCUUCGCUUUCCCCUCAAAGCAAGUCUAUCUUUAUUCAAGAUGUGUUCCUUCGGCUGGAAUAUUUGCGUAUACUUCAAACUCUCAGACUUUCAUUUAUACAGUUUAGGACCCAUGCAACCACUUUAAUUAUCACUGAAAUUUUUGACUUAGCUGGAGACGCAAUCGCUAAAUUAAUAAGAAAACAAUUAGAAUCAUCAUUUAAUGUGCUCUAUGCCAAUACUAUUCUUUUGCAGAAGGAAAGAAAUAAUAAGCUCAAAGUAAUAUUGGAAAAUUCAAUAACAAGGUUUGACCAUAUACUAUUGAGGUCUUUAAGCUCAUGGAAACUAAAAACAGUCCAUAAAAUUUAUGAAGAAAAAAUGGGAAUUCAUCAUCAUCAGACAGAAGAAAACCUGAUGAAUUUGAGGACACAGACCCAUAUUCGAUCCUUUGUAGAAGUUAUAGAGAAAAAAGUUCUAGCAAAAGAGUUUUAUGCAUUUUCUGUAUUUUUAGCAAUUUUUAAUAGAUAUAAAGUACCGAAAGAUUCUGAAGCAUUGAAGAUUAUGAGUUUUACUCACUCCCCCCCCCUCCGUGAGUGAACAAAAAAAUUUUGUUCACUCACGGAGGGGGGUUAAUUUUUUUAUUUUAAAAAAAUUUAUAUAUAAAUUUUAUAAAAAAAUAUUUUUUUCGAAAUUAAAAAAAUCCUAAUUCGCAAAAAUUGGAAAGCAAAUAUUAAUUUAAUUUAUAAAAUUUAUGUUUUUAAAACGCAAUUUGUUUAAAAUUAAACAGAAUUAGCUCUAGAUUUCAUUAUGCUAAUUAUCACUUAUAUAUCAAUUUUUUUUUUUCCAUAAAAAAUUUUUGUAUUAAAAAAAUUUUUUGUUCACUCACGGAGGGUGGGUUUUUGGGGCAAAAAAUGCCGAUUUUUCUAAUGGUUUUGUUCACUCACGGAGGGGGGGGGGAGUCAGACAAUAGAUUCACAUGCUCUUGGCCAAUUUAAAUAUUGUAUGAACAUAUUAAAGCUUGCAAAUAGAAAAUCAAAACAAGAGCUUAAGAAAAAAGAAAUUGGGCUAGAAAUGCUCUUUAAAGCAAUAAGAAGGUACACAAAAACAACAAAACAGCACUCAUGAGUCAGAUGGAGACUCUAUAUGAGAACCAAAAACUAUAAGGCAGAAUAUACUUCAUAUGGACUGAGAAGAUUUUCUGAUAUUCUUAAAAGGCAGAUUAUCGUAAACUACCAAGAUUUCUUGGAGCAGCUUAAACUGAUUAGCUCAUACAAAGCAGAAGGGGCAAGUUUAAUGGUUCAGUCUAUUUCUAGCAUUAUCAAUUCAAGAUGCAGACCUUUAUUCAAAUUAUCUUAUUUGUAUAAGAAGCAAAAUAAAGUACUGAGACAAUUGCUAAGGACACAAAGAAUAAGAUCAAAUGCUGCAUUAAAAGAAAAUCUAAGAACUUGGAGACUAAACUCAAAGUUCAAUACCCAGAUAAAAAAAGAGCUCCUUGAUGUAUUUACCAAAUUGGCAUUUUCUCCAUUCAAAAGUAGAAAAUCUUUUGCUUUUUCUCGCAUAAAGGCUGAGUUUUCAAGCAUCAAUAGCAAUAAAGCCAAAAAAGAAAAGGCAGCAAAAACAAUUUUGAAUUUAUACAGGAGAAUUUCAGCAAAAAUUCUGCAAAGGUCAGUUCACCUCUGGGGGAGCUUCGCUUCCGAAAUGAAGCGCCUUGAAAGCUAUGAGCAGCUUUUGCGCACCAAAUUCUCCAAAAGGCUACUUCUGCUAAUUAUAAGAUCAUGGAGCCGCAUUAAAGGAAGAAAACGAAGGAUAUGCCGAGGCCUUGAGCUAUUAGGAAAGCUUUUCAGUAUUAGAGUCUGUGAAUAUUUCCAAACCCUCAAUGAAAAUGACCCGUCCUUCAUAUGGAGUAUGAAUGACGAAUCUCUCGUUAAAUUUGACGUCGCCUUAAUAGCGCCCUAUUUGAAGUCUAUGAUCAUGAAUUUCCACAGCCACCACAAAUACUUCUUAAAAGAGUCUUUUGACAGGUGGAAGUUUGCCAAAUCCAUUUCCCACGACAAAAACGUCACCUUAGCUUUAGAAAUUUCCCAUGCAUUUAAUAAAAAGAAGCACAAGCUCCUAUGGGAAUCUUGGCACAUUUUAAGAAAUCCCAGGUUCAGCAUGACUUAUAAGCAGAAAAUGAAGCUCCGAAGUGCCAUAGAAAAAUGGGAAUCAGUCAUGUAUCGGCCACAGAAUUUGCUGCUGGAAGCCUUUUUCACUUGGAAAAGAGGGCCAAAGGAGGAGCAACUGACAAGGCUCAAGCAAUACAAGCAAUAUUUUUCAUCUUAG